AUGGGUAUAGCCAAUGCGGCUGCCGUAGCCUCUAACUGCGGGAAGAGUUUUCCAGGCAUCAAACUUGCCCUUGUGGUUGGCGUUUGUGGUGCUGUUCCUUUCAAACCCAAUAAAGACGAAAUAGUGCUUGGAGAUGUAAUUAUCAGUGACGGUAUUGUUCAGUGUGACUUUGGACGGCAACUUCCUGGCCGUUUUGCCUGUAAGGACAUGCUUGCUGAGUAUCCUGGCGUUACGAAAGACAGACUGUUCGAUGCAUUCUACCGACAUGCAGUAGAUCAGAAAUCGUGCGAGCAGCUCGGAUGCAAUGGCGAGCUUGUGUUGCGACACCGCUUAGAGACUGCUGGGAUCUAUCCUGCGCCUGCUGUCCACUUCGGUUUGAUGGCUUCCGGAAACUCAGUGAUGAAGUCUGGCGAAGACCGCGACCGAAUCGCAGUACAGGAAGGCGUCAUUGGAUUCGAGAUGGAGGGUGCUGGGGUUUGGGAUAGUUUUCCAUGCAUUGUGAUCAAGGGCGCUUGCGACUAUGCUGACAGCCAUAAAGACAAGGGUUGGCAGCGAUAUGCUGCAGCUACGGCGGCAGCCUGUACGAAGGCUUUUCUUGGCUUUUGGGUACCUUCUUUUGGCCAAGGCCUAGCCUGGGACCCCCAGAACGACCUCCGUUUACAGAAUCGCGAUUCUUCCGGCCGAGGCCACUCUACGCGCGCUGUCGAUGAGGGUCAGAUACAACCAGUAUUUUAUGUUCCCUUUCUGAAGAAUGACCUCUUUGUGGGCCGAGAUGAUGUCCUUGUUGCUCUGCAAAUCGCUUAUUGGAUUAAGGAGGCAAAGAAGGACUACUUGGUGUUCUGGGUGCCGGCGCUGAGCCAUGCCAGUUUCGAGCAGGCAUGUAUGCAGAUUAUAGACGCCUGUGGCAUUCCGACUACCGACAACAGCGAUGCCAUUGAAACUGUCUGUCAGCACCUAUGCUUAAAGAGUGCAGGUAAAUGGCUUCUUGUGGUUGAUAACGCUGAUAACAUGCAAACUGUCAUGGGCUCGAAAGGUGUGGAUAAGGGCUUAUACCGAUCCCUUCCGCAAAGCGACCAAGGGCGAAUCCUGUUUACGACGCGAUACAGAAAAGUGGCAGUAUCAGUUGCCGGGCGAAAUAUUCUUGACGUACCCGCAAUGGGCCGAGAUGAGGCGAGAAGCUACUUUAAGCAGGCUUUGAUCCAGGAAGUGUCUUCAAGUGACGAACAAGUCAUGAACUAUCUUCUGAUGCUGCUGACAUAUCUUCCACUAGCUAUUACUAAGGUAUUCGAUAUGCAUAGUCUGGUGUAUAUGGCAAUAAGGUUAUGGGUUGUAAAGAAUGACUUGGAGAAAGAGCAAAGCGAUGCAGUGAUAGCACGUCUGAGGGAAGUCUUCCUGACAGAUGACUGGGAAAACCGAGAUUUAUGGCGACAGUACCUGCCACAUGCAAUCAAGCUCCUUAGAUGUGCUGACGAUGGGCGCGUUAUAGAGGCAGUAAAGCUGCUAGAGCAUGUAGUUGAAGUCCGAGAGACGAUGUUGGCGGAGAACCACCCAUCACGACUGGCAUCACAGCACGCGUUGGCAGGAGCAUACCAAGCCAACGGGCAGAUUGCAAAAGCAGUAAAGCUGCUAGAGCAUGUGGUUAAAGUCAAAGAGACGACGUUGGCGGAGAACCGCCCAUCACGACUGGCAUCACAGCAUGCACUCGCAGGAGUAUACGAAGCCAACGGGCAGAUUGCAGAAGCAGUAAAGCUGCUAGAGCAUGUAGUUAAAGUCAAAGAGACGACGUUGGCUGAGAAUCACCCAGAUCGACUGGCAUCACAGCACGCGUUGGCAGGAGUAUACCAAGCCAACAGACAGAUUGCAGAAGCAGUAAAGCUGCUAGAGCAUGUGGUUAAAGUCAAAGAGACGACGUUGGCGGAGAACCACCUAUCACGACUGGCAUCACAGCACGCGUUGGCAGGAGCAUACCAAGCCAACGGGCAGAUUGCAGAAGCAGUAAAGCUGCUAGAGCAUGUGGUUAAAGUCGAAGAGAUGGCGUUGGCUGAGAACCACCCAGAUCGACUGGCAUCACAGCACGAACUAGCACGAGCAUACCAAGCCAACAGGCAGAUUGCAAAAGCAGUAAAGCUGCUAGAGCAUGUGGUUACAGUCAGCGAGACGACGUUGGCGGAGAACCACCCAGAUCGACUGGCAUCACAGCACGCGUUGGCAGGAGUAUAUCGAGCCAACGGGCAGAUUGCAGAAGCAGUAAAGCUGCUAGAGCAUGUGGUUACAGUCAGAGAGACGGCGUUGGCGGAGAACCACCCAUCACGACUGGCAUCACAGCACGAACUGGCAGGAGUAUACCAAGCCAACGGACAGAUUGCAGAAGCAGUAAAGCUGCUAGAGCAUGUAGUAGCAAGGAAGAGGGAAAUAAUGCCACCAAGUCACCCAAGUCGAUUGGUGUCAGAGCAUAAUCUUCAGUAUUGUCGUGAAAUUUUGGAUGGCUCAAGCAGCUCAUGCCCAUAA